CACAUCAGACCCUCUUCUUCACCCGUGGCUGCAGGGUUUUUCUUUGUUAAAAAGAAAGAUGGGGGCCUGCGUCCUUGCUUAGAUUUCCGUGAGUUAAACCAGAUAACCAUCCGUGACCCAUACCCUCUUCCUCUCAUUCCUGACCUUUUUAAUCAGAUUGCGGGUGCUAAGUGGUUCUCCAAACUUGAUCUUAGGGGGGCCUACAAUCUGAUUCGUAUCAGGGAAGGGGAUGAGUGGAAGACAGCUUUUAACACCCCUGAGGGGCAUUAUGAAAAUCUAGUUAUGCCUUUCGGUCUGACCAAUGCCCCUGCUGUCUUCCAACAUUUUGUUAAUGAUAUUUUUAGUCAUCUCAUCGGCAGGUUUGUAGUCAUAUACCUAGAUGAUAUCUUAAUUUAUUCGGCUGAUCUGAAAACACAUGAGGUGCAUGUCAGGCAAGUACUGCAGGUCCUACGGACGAAUAAAUUAUAUGCGAAAAUUGAAAAAUGUGUCUUCGCUGUUCAGGAAUUACAGUUCCUGGGAUAUCUAUUAUCUGCUUCAGGUUUCCGCAUGGAUCCUGGGAAGGUCCAGGCAAUUGUAGAUUGGGAUCUUCCUGAGAACCUUAAAGCCCUACAACGGUUUUUGGGUUUCGCUAAUUUCUAUAGAAAGUUCAUUAAAAAUUAUUCAGUGAUCGUUAAACCCCUUACCGAUAUGACUAGGAAGGGGACGGAUUUUUCCAAAUGGUCUGACGCCGCUAAAGAUGCAUUUUCCUCUCUAAAGGAGAGGUUUACCUCGGCACCUAUGGUCUUGACAAAUAACAUCACCUCUGUUAGCCUUCUGGGAAUUCCUAAUCUUCAAAACUUCACAUUUAUGUUCUUCUCUCUACUAGUUUUUAUAUACUGUGCAACCAUUUCUGGAAACCUUCUCAUCUUGUUCUUGUAUUUAGUGAGUAAAUCCCUUCGAUCACCCAUGUACUUCUUCAUUACACAGCUUUCACUCUGUGACCUCCUGCUCUCUACAGAUAUUGUCCCCAUGCUUCUUCAUACCAUUCUGUAUGGAGGGACCACUAUGACUCUUCCCAGCUGCAUCAUCCAGUUUUUUUUCUUUGUCAUCUCAGAGUCCUCGGAAUGUCUUCUUCUGUCAGUGAUGUCCUAUGAUCGGUAUCUGGCCAUCUGUAACCCCCUUCGUUAUAACUCCAUCAUGAAUAAUACGUUUUGUGUGACAUCAGUAGAUAUCAUUUGGUCGGUUGGCUUUAUAGUGACAUUGUAUUAUGCUAUUUCAAUAAAUAAUUUGUAUUUCUGUGGACCACACGUUAUUGACCAUUUCUACUGUGAUUUUGAACCUAUCCUGCAGCUCUCUUGCUCUGAUACAUCUAUAAUUCACAUCCAAAUUCUUAUACUGAGUUUUUUCUUUGCAAUGUUACCUUUUAUAAUCAUUGUGAUGUCCUAUGUCUACAUUGUCAUUGCCAUCGUGAAGAUUCAAUCCAAUACCGGAAGACAUAAAGCCUUCUCCACUUGUAGCUCCCACCUCGUUGUGGUUUCCUUAUUUUAUGGGACAAUAAUCAUUGUUUAUAUGUUUCCUACAAAAGGACAAUCUCUGCUCCUGAGUAAGGUCUUGUCUCUGAUGUAUACUGUGCUGGCCCCACUGCUCAAUCCUAUCAUAUACACCCUGAGGAACAAAGACUUCAAAGAAUCUUUUCAGAAGGUUAAGUAUGUUAUAAAAGAGUCCAUUCACAAUGAGAACGGGGAAGAACCACCGCAGCACGUGUCAGAUGACAAUGACGCAACACAGGUUACAACUGCUGGGGCUUUCUGGGGCAGUGUGCAGACCGGCCAGGAGGGCAUGGGUGAGGAGUGGGUGGAAGAUGAUGUGGAGGAUAAUGAGGUUCUACACCUCACAUGGGAAAGACCCCACACCAUGCAGGAGCUGUGA